AUGGUCGACGGUGCUGUUUGGAUGGAGUUUUUCAUAUUGAUGUGGAGCUUGAUGAGCAGAGCUGAUUCCGUUGAUACUAUCAUGUUGCAGCCAAUUGAGUGGUCUGAGGAUUGCUUAAUUGUGGAGGAGCAAGGGCAUAAAGGCGACCAGACAGGGACAGACAAGUUUGGCAAGCAUGACGUGGAGCUGGUGGGAAGCAGAAAUUAUAUCUCGGCACCGAUAACAAAGAUCGUUUGGCAGAAUUUUACGACGUGUCAUUAA